AUGAAGACUGCUGGAGACAAGCACUCAGCCGAUCAGAACUUGGAACCUGAUGAUGCUUUGGUGCCAUUGCUGGAACAAAGGACGCCCAGUGUGCCAAGAUGGAAUCCUCCCCAGGAGCCAUCACCAUCGCCACCACCUCCUCCUUCACCUCCUCCUUCACGUCCUCCUUCACCUCCUCCCUUUCCCCUCCUGGCCCCCCAAGCUAUGCUCAGCGGUGUGCCUAGGAUGGCGUCUGUCAUGCCGAUGCAGUACCCUUGUCCGUACUGUGGAAACUACAUCCUCACAGUGACCACCCCGGCCCCGGGGGUCCUCACCUGGAUGCUGUGUACAGGCCUCUUUGUGUUUGGGUGUUUCCUGGGUUGCUGUCUCCUCCCUUUCUGCAUGGAGAGCUUCAUGGAUGUGAAGCACACAUGCCCCGUGUGCCGGCACGUACUCUUCCGCUACCGUCGCCUGUGA